AUGUCACUCUUCAAAUUCUUCUCCUGCUGCCUUCCCUCCCGUCAAUCAAGGAGAAAUCCAGUUUUGGAUUCGCCAACUUCGAAAAUCCGGGAUGUUUUCUUAAUGGAUAUGCCGGACCUGGUAAUGAGAGAAAUUUUGAAGAAUCUUGACUUCCUGUCAAUCCAACAACUCCGAAAAACAUGCUAUUCACUCCGUGAAUUUAUUGAUUAUGUGAAAGUAGAUAGCGGAUUAAAGGAUUUCGAGAUAGAAAUAACAAGGGGCACAAUAUUAGGAUCAGCGACAGUGCUUAUGAAAGGAUAUCCAUCAUCCGAAACUAUCAAGUCGGCUUACAUAGAAAGUGAAGACUGGUGUGAAGUGAUAACUAGCAAUGGCAACAUAUUAAAAAUCAACGGAAACUUUGUCGAUGUGUAUUCUGAAGACUUUCUUACUCCGAUGCUGAAAAACCAAAAGUCGUUGUUGACAACACUAAAGUGGGGACGAGGUGAUACCCUAGUGCCCGGAUUAUUCGAGAAAGUGUUUGAUUGUUUGAUAAAAGUUCUGAAGUUAAAGGAUCACCUGUUGCAAAUUGAGGAUCUGGAAAUUUACGUACUUGGACAAGACCAACUGAUGCAAUUGCUUUAUCAUAUUGAUCUGAAGUCAUUAAAGCGUUUGGAAGUGCGUCGAUUGGUAGAAAAUGAUCCGAAGGAUAAUGAUGAAUUGUGGCUUGAUCUACGUAUACUGGAACGCGCUGAAAAUCUGAUAGAGCUCCGUGUAAUUAACUUCACCAUCUUUUCAUCCCUCCGUUGUAUUGCUCACGUGCCGAAGCUCAGAGUUGAUAUGCUUACAAUUCACUGUGACGAUGUACUGAAGUACCAUGAGACACUCCGAACAUCGAACUUUCUGCCUAAAUCGAGUGUUUAUUACCAACACUUUCCCGACAAACGUCGUUUCAAGAACACACUCGGACCAUCAGAUCGUCGAUUUUAUUAUCCGAUUUCUGGAACGAUUCUGCUGAGUCACUAUCCUUCUUCAAAGCGCAUGUUCUGGGGACCGAUUCACUGA